AUGUAUCUCUUGACAUUUUCAUCGAGCGCUGCUGUGCUCGCCACUUUCUUCUCUGUCGUCAAUGGGGCCAAUAUCCUUAUAACUAAUGAUGAUGGCUUCGGAACGGGUAAUAUCAGGGAAAUGUACAAGGCCAUGAAGGCUUACGGGCAUAUCGUUUUUAUCGUCGCCCCCGCUACGGACCAGAGCGGCAAGGGCGGAUCACUGGCAUAUGCUACUACAGCUAACCUGACUGAAGAUACCGAGUUUGGCCUUGUUAAAGCUGGUGCUCCAUCGGUCGGUCCAGACCCUCUGGACGAUCACAUCUGGUACUACGACGGUAGCCCUGUUGCGGCCGCCUCUGUUGGAAUUGACUAUGUUCUCCCCAAAUUUGGAGUUUCAAGUCCAGAUCUUGUGAUAUCAGGACCUAACUACGGCGACAAUGUUGGUGGAUUUGCCUUUACUAGCUCCGGCACUAUCGGUGCUACAUACUAUGCUAUUGGCCGGGGAAUACCCGCCAUCGCCUUUUCGGCAGCAAACUCAGCAUCUGCAUCUUACAAAAACGUCAAUGCUACAACUUCUGUCGGUCUUAAAGACCCUCAGACUAUUGCAGGCGAGCUGUCAGCGACAUUUGCGAAUGAUCUAAUCAAGAAAACGAAGGGAGGGCGGGUCCUGCCUCUUGGUUACGGAAUUAACGUCAAUAUGCCAGACAUUACAUCAGCGACCUCGGAUGAAUGUAUCAACCCUCCGUUCAUUCAUACUCGCAUGACUGGAGGAGCAUGGACCCUUGGUGUCACAUACAACGAGGCUACUGGACUCUUUUACAGAGCGCGAGAUUACCUCGGCACCCGCGCUGGAUGUCUGCAUAAAUGGUGA